AGAAAAAAAUAUGAGCGAGAAAGAGGCGAGACAAAGAAACAGAGUGCUGUGAUGUGUUUAACUCUGAACCGAGCCGAACCAGACCAGACUUCGACUCUAGAACCUGUUUCUCACCAUCAUUAUUGCUAUCUUUAUUCUUAUUAUGUGACCUAAACGAAGUAAAUGUCACCUUAUAGCCUUGUCUCAUUAGUUAUAUAUUCUUUUUUUUUAUUUCUUUAAGUUAUUGAAUAAUUUAAAUUAGUUAUUUAUCCAUUCAACCAAUUUAUAAGGGAGACCUGGUCAAGACAACACCAGAGACAGGGAUUACAAACACUAAUCCAACAUAAAUUAUGAGACCAACAUAAAUAAAUAAAAAAGCAGGUGCACUUGGUUAACAUAACCUUAAGUUUUUAAGGGGAACUCGAUUCUGUUUCCUUUUCAGUUUAGUGUCCUUGCAUGUUUUCAGUAAUUGUCCUUGAGUAACUUGUGUCACGUGACUCUGCAUAGGCUACACCUUAAUUCCCUUUAAACCCCUCCACAACAGAUUGCCAUGUGUGAAAGCUGGUCUCUGCUUGUCGUCCUGUUCAGGGUCUCACUGACACAUGAUUAUUAUUCAUAUAUACUUUACUAAUACAUAACACAAAAUAUGAUACAUUUUGAUGAGCAAAAUUAAACUAGGGAAUGAUUUGGCAAUGACAUAUUUUUUUUUUUUUGUUAAUACCAGUAAAGACACAGGUUAUUGCAGACAGUAAACAUUACUAAUGUGCUGUGGGGAAAAGUCUAUAUGCUGCAAAACAAAAACAGUCAGGUGCUUGGGGAUGGAUGGAUGGAGGUGGAUGACGGUAAGCAUUGCAGUGAUGUAACAUCCUCCUUAAAUCCCCAGUGACCUAAUCUGCCUGGGGCUGCCUAUGUCAUCUCCUUUGGGUAGUUGUGUUCGUGCCUCUCACUCAUGUCACACACACACACACACACACACACACACACACACACACCUUCUCCUCACAGAACAAAAAAGAAAAAGCAGAUAAUUUCUCCUCAUUUAACCAUUCAAGGGUACAACAAAUACCUGGUCAUUUUGUAAUAUUGUACAUUUUUUUUCAAGUCUGGAUGUGUGUUUCUCUUCACUGAAGGCUGACAAAGUAGAUUGUUGACUCUCGGCUGAACUACAUGAGCAGGACCCAAACCUUCCCAACAAUGGACCGGUUUCUGAGAGACAAUUUAUGAACCUGAAGAAAAGAAAUGAUGAAUCGAUAUACCACGCUGAGGCAGCUGGGUGAUGGCACCUAUGGCAGCGUGCAGAUGGGGAGAAGUAAUGAGUCUGGAGAACUGGUGGCUAUCAAGAGGAUGAAGAGGAAGUUUUACUCGUGGGAGGAAUGUAUGAACCUACGAGAAGUGAAGUCACUGAAGAAGCUGAACCAUGCAAAUGUGGUGAAACUGAAGGAGGUCAUCAGAGAGAACGAUCACCUCUACUUUGUCUUUGAGUACAUGAAGGAAAACCUUUACCAGCUCAUGAAGGACAGAGAGAAUAAGAUGUUCUCAGAGAAUGAAAUUAGGAACAUCAUGUUUCAAGUGCUGUCUGGGUUGGCUUUUGUACAUAAGCAUGGUUUCUUUCACCGAGACAUGAAGCCAGAGAAUGUGUUGUGCAUGGGUCCGGAACUGGUCAAAAUAGCAGAUUUUGGACUGGCCAGAGAGAUCCGCUCCAAACCUCCGUACACAGACUACGUGUCGACCAGAUGGUAUCGGGCCCCAGAGGUCCUGCUCAGGUCAUCCAUCUACAGCUCUCCUAUUGACCUGUGGGCUGUGGGCUGCAUUAUGGCUGAGCUCUACACACUUAGACCUCUGUUUCCUGGGAACAGUGAAGUGGAUGAGAUCUUUAAGAUUUGCCAAGUCCUGGGCACUGUCAAAAAGAUGGAUUGGCCUGAAGGCUACCAACUUGCAACUGCGAUGAACUUCCGCUUCCCCCAGUGUGUGCCGACCCACCUAAAGACACUGAUCCCAAAUGCCAGUCAAGAGGCCAUCGCUCUGAUGAAGGACAUGCUGCAGUGGGACCCCAAAAAAAGACCCACAGCCGUGCAGGCUCUACGUUACCCGUACUUCCAGGUGGACCAAGUGUUGGGGCCACGUCCUCAAAGCCAGGAGGUCAAGAAAGUGCAAGCCAAGCCUCUGGCCAAUAAGCCGGUCCCGGAGUCCAUGACGGAUCCCAAGCAGUCUUCCUCCGAGUCCAAAGCCUCCACACCACCCUUCAGAAAUCAUCAGCAGCAGCAACAGCAUCAUCAGCCUCUUCAGCAGAUCCCUUUGUCCCAAGCUGAAAGUAAACCCCCAGGUGUUAGCCAUGCAAAAACCGUGCUAGGGGGAAGUGAGAACAGCGCUGGGGCUGGUGCGGCGGGUACGCUAAAGAGUAGCCGUCGUCGCUGGGGCCAGACGGUGGCCAAGACCUCAGAUAGCUCGGAUGAUUGUGACUCACUGGAAAACGCUGCUUCAAACUCGAAGAAACCAAGUCUGGGGAAAGCAGAAGGGGAGAGGAGCUCUAAGGAGCACCACUCACAGCCCAAGGAGCAGAAACCUCUGUAUUCCUUCAGCACAGUGACCAAGCUGCCCAACAAUGUCAAGAUAGGCCAGGUGGACUGCAGUCUUCCAGGAUCUGCGGCACGCCAGCACUAUCUCAGCCAGUCACGAUACCUGCCUGGGUUGAUUGGCAAAAACCACACUACAUUGGGAGAUAAAGAGAUGAGUGGCAUGACGCUGCGAGAUCUGUGGGAGAACUCGAACACUGUAAACAAACCGCUCGCUCCUAUUGGAGGAGAAUUGUCUGUCACCAGAACCAAUGCAGAAGAGAAUGCAGCCGAGUCUGUGGAUAGUCCACUAGAGGGAACUGUUGUAAAAGAAAGAAUACUGGAGAAAAUUGACCUCUCCAAAGGGAACUUUGUAAGCACCAAGUACAGUCUCGCUGGUGGUUACAUCCCUUCAUUCCAAAAGAAAGAGGUGGGCUCAGUGGGGCAGAGAAUCCAACUUGCUCCCUUGGCUGGACAGCACACAAAAAAAACAAAAGCUGCAAAGCCCAAGCUCAUGUCCAACUCAUCCUUAAGUGAAUCCAAUGAAGAUUACGAGGGCUGGAAGAGGAGGACAGAAGGGACUCAGUUGAAAGGGAACAGCUAUUCAGCUUUGAGGAAAACCUCCGGGAAUCUCCUGACCAGAGCUCCUGCUGCCCAGCCAGUCCAUGGAAGAGUGGACUGGACAUCCAAGUAUGGUGGAAAUCGGUAGUUCAGGCACAAGGACUCUACAGCUCCUUUCCUGAUCCUGAGCAGUUUCACACACACAACUAAAACCCAGAGGAGUGUGACACGUUCCAGACAUUUUUUUCAUAUCGUGCAAGGAAUCUCUAUGUUUUAGAGAUGAAGGUUGCCAUGACCAAAGACUGACAUUGUCUGCAAGACAAUCUCACAGUUCCUGAAGGAUCCUGUGUGCGCCAAUUCUACAGUUAGUGUUUGAAUAAUCUAAUUAGAUUCAAAUCUAGCACAGCCUUUUUUUAAAAACUAACUUUUAUUUGUCAAGUAUUGUUUCAAAACCCAUGCACAAAAUGGGAGCAGCCUUUCAAACUGAUCUUAUUCAACAUUCUCAGCUUUUAUCCACCAUAAUGUACAGUAGGCGAUAGAUACACAUUUGCGCUGUAAAUUCAUGACAUUUAGGCUUGCAUUAACUUUAUAUGAGUAUAAUAAGGCUGCAAUCAUUUGCAUCAUGCAAUGCAUACACUGAACGUUUUGUAAGCAUUUUGUACAAAUAAAUAUUCAAAGGUU